AUGUCUGAACGAGGCUCGUUCCGCGGUGGUCGUGGGGGUGGUCGUGGUGGUCGCGGCGGCCAGAAAAGUGGCGGUGGUGGCGGUGCACAGGAGAAGCCCAAGAAGGAAAACAUCUUGGACCUCAACAAGUAUAUGGACAAGGAGGUUCAGGUCAAGUUCAACGGUGGUCGUGAAGUCACCGGAACCCUGAAGGGCUACGACCAGCUGAUGAACCUGGUCCUCGAUGAUGUCAAGGAGACCAUGCGUGAUGACGAGGGCAACAAGACCACCCGCUCAAUGGGCCUGAUCGUCGCCCGAGGCACUCUGAUUGUGCUGAUCUCACCUGCAGACGGCAGCGAGGAGAUCCCCAACCCCUUCUUGCAAGCAGAGGAAUAA